AUUAUCUGCUGGCCCAGCUUUGGUGUUUGUUUUUGAUAUCUGGGAAAUCAAUGGUGAAACAGAUACAAUAGGAAUUAAAUUAUUUCUCUUUUCAGUAAUUUGAGAUUCUUAGUUAUGUAUAUACCGGUUGAAUAAGUAAAUAGUGAUCACAAGGAACGUAUUCAAUUUUGCCACCUUUCAUAUGCAAAAGCCAGUGAUUCUCUCAAGAUGAAUCUCAAAAAACCAAGAAGUAAUUUCUGGUUGUACAAAAGGCCUUUUACAUCAAGAACAAUGAAGAAGUUUUCUGUUAAUUCUUCAGAUCAGCUCCAGAGUGAUUAUGCGAAUGCAGAGCCAAUGUCCGCAGAACCUAUAGCACCAAGAGCUGAUGAUGGAGCUUCUUUUCUCAGUUUGAAUGAUGCCAGUGGCAAUAUAACUUUGCAGUCCCAACCGAAAAUGUAUCGGAAUAGGUUUCUGGAUUUUGUACGCAUAAGUUCUGUCUUCAAUAACGCUGCUGAAUCAUUCUUUAAGAGUGAGAUAAGACGAAGGUUAUUUGUGACAGCUGUACUCAUUGUGAUAAGCCGUGUUGGAUAUUAUAUUCCUCUGCCUGGAUUUGAUAGAAGAUUGAUACCCCAAGACUACCUUAGCUUUAUUUCAGGAUCUGUUGAUGAACUUGGUGAUCUAACAGCAGAGCUAAAACUGUCAUUUUUUCAGCUUGGAAUCAGCCCUCAGAUAUUAGCGUCAAUACUUAUGCAGGUGCUAUGUCAUGUUGUUCCAUCCCUGGUAAAGCUGCGAAAAGAAGGCUUAGAUGGCCAUGAGAAGAUUAAGAGUUAUAUAUGGUGGCUCUCUCUUGGCUUUGCAAUGUUAGAAGCUGUGGUAGUUGCUUGCUAUUCACUUCCAUAUUCCAUUUAUGCAGCCACUCAUAGGGUCAAGCAUGUGAUGGUAACAGCUCUCUUAUUGACCUGCGGCGCAAUGACUGUGACAUGGAUUUGUGAUACAAUCUCAGAAUCUGGAUUUGGUCAAGGUUCAUCUCUAAUUAUUUGUGUGGGAAUUCUGACGGGCUACACAGAUACGUUAUACAAGAUGUUGUGCCAGCUCUCAGGAAGUGCUGUUAGUUGGUUACCAUAUAUGCUUGCGGUGUUGGGUGUUUUUACUGUGGUCACUAUGUGGGCAGUUGUUGUGACAGAAGGUUGCAGGAAAAUAAAGCUGCAGUAUUAUGGUUUUAAACUUGCUUCAGCUGCAAGGGAUGAUUCCCCUAUGACUGAAGUGGAGCCUUAUAUCCCUUUUAACAUUAAUCCAUCAGGAAUGCAGCCAGUUCUCACCACAACUUAUCUCUUAGCAAUUCCCAGUAUUCUUGCAGGUAUUCUUGGUUCACCUUUCUGGGAGCAUGUUAAAGAGAUAUUGAACCCUGAAACAUCUCUUGGUGCAGCGCCAUGGGUUUACUAUUCAAUAUAUGGAUUUUUCGUCUUCUUAUUCAAUAUAUUUGACAUCGCCAACUUGCCGAAGGAGAUCUCAGACUACUUGAAUAAGAUGGGUGCCAGGAUACCAAAUGUAAAACCUGGGAAAGCUACCAUUGAGUACCUUACGAACAUCCAGGCAUCAACACGUUUUUGGGGAGGUCUAUUGCUGAGUAUUUUGGCAACCACAUCAACCAUACUUGACCACUACUUGCGCCGAAUCAAUGAGGGAUUUGCAAUUGGGUUUACAUCAGUUUUGAUAAUUGUGGGUUCCAUUAUUGACCUAAGAAGAUCUUAUCAGGCUUAUAAUGUCAUGCCAAGUUUAAGCAAAGCUCUAAGGCGAUAUGGUGUAUAACAUCAGAUCUGGCGAGGCUGUCCACUUCCCUAUAUGAGGAUGCACACUGUGUGGUGGCAGAGGCUGAUGACGAUAUGUCUUUUUCUUCAUUAUGUUUAUCAAUUGUGCAGAGAGUUGAUUCUGAAGCCUCAUCGUUUCUGAUAUAGCUUCUAGGCAUUGAAAGACGAAUCAUGUUAUAGGCCUGACUGGAAUUAUAAGUGGUCGAGUAAUCAAAAGCGCAGCAUGAUUCUAACAAAAGCAUGGGAGCAGGAGAUCCAGAAUUCACGUAAAAUUUUAGCUGUGUAGGGAAUAUCAGUCGCAUGUUGGAGUUGGAAUUUUGCACUAGAAUGGUAUUCUACUUGGGGGUUGUAAUUUAUAUAGCGAAUGUAAGCCCAUAUUGCCUUUUAACUUAUGUAAUGUUAACUGAACUCAGCAACGUAUCCUUCUUCGUACAUCA